AUGAAGACCGCCGCCAUCUCCACCGUCCUCCUGGCCGCCGCCAGCACCGCCAUUGUCCCACCAAGCAACUUCAAACGCGUAGCCAAACGCGAUUCCCAGGCCCUGCAACUCAGGAAUCUCAACGGGAGGAUCUUCGACGAGUGGUCGCCUGCAACAACCUUCAUAAACUUUGCCUUGACCGAUCCCAACGCAGGGGUUAGCGCUGACUGCGGUGGUAGCUGGUCCGCAGAGCAAGGCAAUUCCCACAAGUGGAACUGCACCGGUAACCAGUACUUGCUCGAUUUUCCGAAGGGGAUUGAUAGUCUCGAGAGCUUCUACAUCAGAGUGUCUUCUCCGGGUGGCUCGCUGAAUGCCCUUGGUCAGGUUGGCGGUGCUAGUUGGCAAUGCAAGGAGCGAACAAAUCAGACGAGUCCGCUUUCGAAAACUUGCAACUGGGUGGGGGUUUAUAACCUUGAAGUCUAA